GUUUCUGGAGCACAAUUUGCAGCAGAUGCGUUUAAAAUUGGAUGAGACUGUCACGGUCAAUACUCAAAGUGGCAAGAUAAAAGGUGCCAAAAGACGUACAAUUUACAAUGAUGUCUACUGUAGCUUCGAAAAAAUUCCCUAUGCCCAACCACCAGUGGGUGAAUUAAGAUUCCGUGCACCGAAACCAGUUGUGGCGUGGAAACAUGUACGUGAUUGUACGCACUUUGGAGAGUCACCAUUUCAGCAUUCGGUGAUUGACAGAAGUGUUGUGGGUGCGGAGGAUUGUCUAUUUUUGAAUGUCUACACAAAUAAUAUUAAACCAAGUAAACCACGUCCAGUUAUGGUUUGGAUAUACGGUGGAGGCUUUAGAUUGGGUGAAGCCUCACGUGAUUGGUAUGCACCUGAUUAUUUUAUGAAAAAAGAUGUCGUGCUGGUAACGGUUCAAUAUCGUUUGGGUGCUUUAGGUUUUUUGAGCUUAACAGAUCCAAACUUACACAUACCUGGCAAUGCUGGUUUGAAGGAUCAAAUUUUGGCACUGAAAUGGAUUAAACGAAAUUGUUCUAGCUUUGGUGGCAAUCCUGACUGCAUAACAAUAUUUGGUGAAAGCGCUGGUGGCUGCUCAGUCGCUUUACUUAUGUUAACCGAACAAACACGAGGUCUCUUCCAUCGUGCCAUAGCUCAAUCUGGUGUCGCAACAGUUAGUUGGGGUAUUGGAAAUACGGGCAAGCGUGCAUUUGCCUUAGCCAAAGCUGCGGGCUACACUGGAGAUUUUAAUGAGCCAAAAAUUUUAAAAUAUUUGUUACAGUGUACCGCUGAAGAAAUAACAAAUGCACAACAGUACUGCCUAACUCCAGAAGAUAUGAAUAGCAUGGAAAUGUUAGCAUUCGGUCCAUGCGCGGAGCCAUAUAUGACGCAGCAUACAGUGCUUCUAAAGCCAACUGAAGAGUUAUUCGCACAAACUUGGUCCAAUUCCGUGCCACUUUUGCUUGGUUCCACUUCAAGUGAAGGACUCUUAUUUAAGCCAAUUUUAACAGGCAUGCCAGAAUUCGUAGAGCAAAUAUUGAAGAAUUUCACAUCUUUGCUCCCGCCAGGUACGUUCACACAACGUGAUAGCCCUGAAGCGUUGGAAAAAGCCUCGAAAUUGCGCGCCGCAUACAUCGAAGGCAACACCGCAAGCCUGGAGGUGUUUUACGAUGUGAUGGGUCACUUGUACUUUUGGCAUCCGUUGCAAAAGACUAUCAAUUUGCGCCUACAACAUGCGAAAAAAGCGCCUACUUAUUUGUAUCGCUAUGAUUUCGACUCGGAAAAACUCAUUUAUCCGUUUCGCUAUAUGUGGCAAGGACGUGGUGUGCGUGGAGUGGCACAUGCAGAUGAGUUGGCCUAUCUCUUUCACAGUGUGCUCGGCAGGCCAAUGGAACGUAACAGUCGCGAGUAUCGCAACAUUGAACGCAUGAUUGGCUUGUGGACAACUUUUGCCGAGACGGGAAAUCCAAAUACCGGAAAAAUUAAUGGAAUGAAAGGCAUUAAAUGGCGUCCACUACGCAGCGGCGAUAAAGCGCUGAAAUGCUUGAAUAUUAGCGAUGAAUUGAAAUUUAUAGAUUUGCCUGAAAUGCCCAAGUUGAAAGUCUGGCAGGAAUUAUAUUCCACGCAUCGCGAAAUACCGGAAAAAACCGCAGAAAUUGUUGACUUCACAAUCUAUGCCAAAUCAAAUCUGUAAUGUAAUGAAGAUAAAGAAGAUAAGCAAUUGCGCCGGAAAUGAGCCGGAAAUAUUCAGAAUUAUUUGAACAUUUUUAUGAGGCGUUUGAAGUGCAGUCUAUUAUUUUAUCACGACUGGGUUGUUAUUCUUAUAAUAUUUAUACAUUAACUGGUGAUUUGUAUUAUUUUAUAUAUAUUUG